AUGGCUGGAGACAGUGUCACAAAGACGUGUCUGUGUCUAGAGAGGAAGCACCCAAAGAGGCGUCGACCACGACCACGACAAUACCAGCACCAGUACGGCCGUCGCACAUCCCAUACCAUAUCUCCCCUCUCAGCCGCACUCAUCCUCCUCUCCACCAUCCCCGCCGCCGCCGCCGUCACGAUGCUCCCCCUGCGCGUCACUAACAACUGCAAAGAACCCAUCUGGCCCGCCAUCCUCACGCAGUCCGGCACCGGCCCCGCGAGCUCGGGCUUCCUGCUCGGCUCGGGCGCCACAAAGUCUCAGACCGUCGGCCUCGACUGGAAAGGCCGCGUGUGGGCUCGCACCAAUUGCAGUUUUCCCACGACGACAGGGUCGACGUCGGCGUUACCGCCUCUGCCGCCUUCGAGUGGGCAGGGAGGCAGUCCCUGCCAGACGGGCGAUUGUGGCAUGUUCUUGGAAUGUCAGGGUGCAGGACAAGCACCAGCUACACUGGCAGAAUUCACCAUGUCGUCAGACACCAACCAAUGCUUCUACGACAUUUCGCUGGUCGACGGCUACAACAUCCCCAUGGGUAUCAUCUCCUUGCUCAGCGAGACCGACAACGCAAACCUCACCGACAUCCCUCCCAACCUGACCAACCCGGUCUGCAUUGGCACCUCGUCUCUUCUCGCGCCCGUGGGUGAUGCCCCCGAUGUCGAUUUUGGCACGAACUCGACCUAUCCGCUCCCCCUGGACCAGUCUGUGACUUCUUCCUUCGUACAAGACUGGUGUCCCUGGCCACUGCAACUCACGCCGCCCACCAAACCGGGUGACGGCGUCUAUCCCUACCCGGACGACAGCAUCCAGCGGCCCAUCUUCAACCCCUGCCUGAGCGCCUGUGCAAAGUGGAACAAAGCUAAGUACUGCUGUACCGGUGACCACGGCACACCGGCAACCUGCUCGCCGAGCCUCUACUCGCAACAGGCCAAGAAGCUGUGUCCCGACGCAUACAGCUAUGCGUAUGACGACCAGACCUCCACCUUCAUCAUUCCUCAGGGCGGAGGGUUCGAAGUCGUCUUCUGUCCGGCCGGCAGGAGUACCAGGAUUCUGGCCACGUUCGGAGAUCAGUUGAGGCAGCUGGCACAGACGGGACAUGCCACGAGAGAUAUUGUCUCGUUGGCGCAGAAUGUCUCCUAUAUCAAGGCAAAGAGUGCCGCCGUACAGGUCACGGUGCCGAAGCUGAAUUCUGUGUUGGCUGUCUUGGUGGGAUGGUUGCUGGCUUUGGCUGUUGCCGGGGGAUUUGGGAUUCCGUUGUGA